AUGAGGAAGAGAUGGAGGGGAGCGUGGCUCCUGCUGCUGGCACUGGAGACCUUUGGGUUUCAGGAAGGUGACCCAGAGGAACCCACGGGGCUGAUGUGUUACCAGAUGGGCCCCAGCAGGGGCAUGAAUUGCACGUGGCCCAGCAGGACUGGCCCUGAGGCUAACACCACUUACACCCUCCACUACCAGAGCCUGAAGUUCAAACGCAACCAGACGCGGAGUUCCCAGGCCCCCGCCGGACAGAGCUGGGUGGUGAUUGGAAGAAGCAGCCUGACGCACAAUGAGAACUAUGCCGUGUGGGUGGAGGCUGGUGACGGGACCCAGAUCACACCAAGGCUAACUCUGACCCCGCACGAGAUAGUGAAACCGGAUCCUCCUGUACUGAGCCUAGUGGACGUGACCCCUGUGGUCACCGUGACCUGGACAAACCCCCAAUGGCCCCAGCAUUUCUCCCUGGAUCUGGCCUGCCACCUUCGCUACCGGGUGUCUGGGACCCCCAACUGGACCAGGGUUCAUGAGGAGGAUGUUGAGCCCAACAUCUACGAGUUCUCCAGCCUGGAGCCUUUCACGGCCUAUGAGGUGCAGGCUCGCUGCAUCCCUGGGGACCGGAAGGGCUUCUGGAGCGACUGGAGCCCGUCCCAGACCUUCCAGACCCCCGAGGCUGCCCCGCUGGGCCUGGUGGACGUGUGGCGAGUGGCCAGCCCCCCUGAGUCCGGAGAGCCCAGCCUGCUGCUGCUGUGGAAGCCGCUCAGUUCUGAAGCAGCCAGGGGAGUCAUUCGCAGCUACAGCCUGGCCUUCCGGAACGGCAGCAACAGCUCCGAGAGCCUGGAGGCCGCCUGCUGCAACGUGAGCCUCCCCUCCAGAACCACCCACGUCUGGAUCUCGGCAAACAACCACGUCGGGCGGACGCAGCCUGCCAACCUCAGCUUGGAGCGGCAGGAUCUGCCUGCCCCGGCGGGGGUCCGGGCUGCGGCCGUGCAUGGGCAGGAUCUCCUCGUUACCUGGGAGCCUAGCAAGGACCCUCUGGAAGGGGAGCCCACGGAGUAUCUGGUGGAGUGGGACGAGGAGUGCAGCAGCUCAAAGGCGGCAUCCCUGGACUGGGUGCGCAGUCCGGCUGGCACCCACAGUGCCCGGCUGACAGGUGACUUCAGACCACGGGUGCCGUAUCAGGUCCGCGUGUACGGGCUGUACCCCGGGGGCUUUGGUGCAUCGGCCCCUGUCCGAGCCUACACCCAGGAAGGAGUGCCAUCGGCAGGGCCCCAGGGCCUGCAGGAUCAUAGCAUCUCCAAGGAGGCGUCCAUCAUCUCCUGGGAAGCGAUCCCCCUGGCGCAGCGCAACGGGCACAUCACUCACUACACCCUCUACCUCGCCACGCCCACGGAGAGCCCACAGACCUACCAGCCCAUCGCUGCUACAGAGACAAGCUACAACCUCUCAGGUCUGGAGCCCGGCACCUCCUACCAGCUCUGGAUGACGGGCUCCACUUUGGCCGGGGAAGGAAACGCCAGCUCCAUCCACCUCUUCCACACGCCAGAUUCCCGCUGGGAGGCCGUCCUGGCUUCCCUCCUCGCAGUUGGAUUCCUCCUUUUCCUCGCCUGCGUCCUGGGAGCUGUCCUGCACGUGCAGCUGCUGGACCUGUGCCAGAAGGUGCUGCCCAGCUGGUGCUGGGAGAAGGUCCCGGAUGCCACCCACAGCAGGAUUACGCUGCACGAGGUGGACAGGGAUCCCCACAGCUACAGGGGUCCUUUGGCGCAGGACGCGGCCGCGGAGGAGCCCCCCAUCACCGAGCUCGACAUUGCGGAGCCAGCAGAGCUCGUGAACCACGGCUACUCAACUCUGCCACAGCUGGAGUCUCCUGUGCCUGCCCGGCCCCCCGACGCGGGGGCUGACGACGGGCCCGGGAGCAAGCCCAGGACAGAGGAGCUGGGGCCAAGCAGCCCCACCCUGGAGGAGGCGUGGGGAGAGCAAGCCCCGGUCAUUUCUGGCUACGAGAAACAUUUCAUGCCCACCCUGGAGGAGGUGCUGGGACUGGCCUGA